GUCAGCGCUGCUCACCCACACUCUCCGCGCCGCUGCAGGUCGCUCGGCAUCGGUAGCUUCCACUAGCUAGUACCUGCCCCUCCGCGGCGGCGGCGUCGUCGUCGUCUCUUUUUUUCGCGUCCGUGACGGAGUCGACCUACCCUCCCUCGCGGCGCUUCCCACCACUGCUGGCGCAGCGAGGAGAUCGCCUCGGUUCCACCUCCACCGGCCGCGGCGGCGGCAGCAGCGCAGUGGCCACGGCGGUGGCGUCGGCACAGCCCGCCGUCGAGCCGACCCAGCAGCAGCACAGCAGCACAGCUCUCUGUCCACAUCUCUCUCUCUCCCGUUUGCCUCCCUAUACUCGUGUAUUAGCCGGCGCGACUCUCUUCGCCCGCUCGAGUCGCGCCUACACCGCACGCAGAGAGAGAGAGAGAGAGAGAGAGAGAGAGAGAGAGAAACCGAGUGAAGGAGGAAAAGUGCCUCAGUGACGACGACGAGGAAGAAGAAGCAACGAGAGACAGUGUGCUCCCCGAGUUUUCGUAGUGCGCGCAUCGCAGUGACAGAAGCGGCAGCAGCUUCGGCGGCCGUCGUGCUCUAGAGGCUGAGCCGAGGAAAGAAGGAGGAAGAGAGAGAGAGAGAGAGAGAGAGAGAGAGGGACGUCGUAAGUAUGCGUAAGUAGCAGCGGAGGACAGCACUCUCUCUCUCGCUAUUCUCCGAUCGUCGGCGAGUAUAGAGCAGCAGCGACGAGGAUGCGGCGGAGGGCGCUGCAGCGACGAGAUUCUCAGAAGCGUUGGGCAUCGCUAGUCCUGCAGCAACGGCCAGCAGCCGUCGGUCUGCAGGACCUCAUGCAGCUCAGCUCAAGCGGCUACUGCUCCUCAGAAGGCAGCGAAGGCAGCCGCUCGCAUCAUCCUCAUCAGCAGACGAGCUUGUACCGGUGUCAUCAACAAGUGAGCGCGCAGUAGAGCAGCGGAUCAGAGCAACAGCAGCAGCGUAUGUGGCGAGUUGUCGCCGUUGCCGUCACACCGGCCUAUCCAACUGCUGCUGUCAGUCGUCAUCCUCGACAAGAGCAGCAGCAUCGGCUGCCGCAAUAGCCCCCGUACGCGACCUAACAUGACAGUGAGCGAGUCGAGACGUCCGAUAGCUAGAACGGAACUCGUCAAGAUCCUGCGCCAGCUGACUCUCGUUCGGGCUCACUGAGACUCGUCGACGACGACGCGUACCCUCAAAGACACGCAAAUAUCUCUCUCUCUCUCUCUCUCUCUCUCUCUCUCUCUCUCUCUCUCUCUCUUCCUCCUUCUUGCAUAGCCGCGGUCAAGUAGCAGCGGAGCAGUUCCUAUACGACGCGAUAUAGAACGACGACGAUUACGACAAGCCUGCGAGCGAGCUACUGCAUCCAGAGAAGAAGAAGAAGAAGACGAGGAGGAGGAGGAGGAGGAGGAGGAGGAGGAGGAGGAGGAAAAUCGCGGAAAGCCAGUGAAUCAGCGAAAUGACGAAUCGAGUCCUCUGGCUGCUGAGCUACAUAGGACUGAGCUUAGCCCUGGCCCUGGGCAACCGGCAGACGAGUAGCAACCCCGGGCUGCCGUCGCAGCAGUCGCUGCAGCAGCAGCAGCAGCAGCAGCAACAGCAGCGGUUCGCACCCAACAAGCAGCCGAGCCUCAUGCUGGCCGACGGCCCGAGGGAGGCGAUAGCGACGAGGCACACGAUCGUCAGCAGGAACGCCAGGCACGACUGGCUGCUCUACGACAAGCGGCCCGAGAUGAUCGGUUCCGAUCGGCUGCUCAUCCUCGACGACGUGCUCUCGGCUCUGUUCGGUAACUUCUAUCGGCAGCAGCAGCAGCAGCAGCAGCAGCAGAGACAUCACUCGCUGCUCUACAGCAGCUUGGAUGACGAGGACGAGGACGAGGAGCUCGAGGAGGUGCCCCAACAACAGCAUCAACAGCAGCAGCGCAGCAGGGCCAGCUCGAACGAGCUAAAGUCCAAGAGGAACCAACAGCAGGUCAUCAAGGAGAGCUCGCCGGCGGCACUGGCCCAAGCGGCGGGUGCUAGCAUGGCGUCGCAGUUCCUCCUCAGGUCGGCCAGAGGCAACAGGCAGUACGACGUUCCUCAAAUAGAGUGCCCGCUGUCGGACGACGGCAUGGAGAGGUUCGCUUGUCCGACGGCCGACCACAUGGGUCGGUACCGUUGCAUCGACGACCACGUACUCUGCGACGGAUUCAUCGACUGUCCGGCCGGCGAGGACGAGGACCGACAGGCCUGCAUGUUCUACAAAACCACAAAAGCGCACCUCGACGUACUGGCGGACGCCCUGCUCCGGUGGGCGAGAGGCCGUUAAUAUUCCUAAGCGCACUCGCACUCGCGCUUUCACUUACGCUCCCACUUACAAUUGCAUACACGCGCACACACACACACGACACUUGCAUCGGAGGAGAAGCGAACAAGAGGAACGACGACGACGAGUACUGUUAGCCUAUCUACCGCACACUUUUUACUCUCUCACCUCUACUCAAGACUACCCCUCGUUAGACUCGCUGCGAGAUUCGGCACACACACACACAUGCCUACUCGUACACCCCCGUCUGUCUUUUUCUCCGCAGCAUCGUCGCGACCACGUACACACACGUACACACCGAAUAGGGGAUGUGAGCCAUCGAGAAUAUAUUUUCCUUUCGUCGAGGAUAGCAAGACUGAUUCUAUACUUUACACGCAUACACAGUAACGCACGCGCGCGAGCAACAUACAAUUCGUCGUCUCGAUCGAGGAAGAGAAGGGAAGAACAAAAAAAAAAAAACCCAGAGAAUACGAGUGUCGCGCUCGCACACACGCUCGCAAAGAGACGGACGGCGAUGGAUGUUUAUUUCUCUCGUCCCUCCGUGACCUUCGUCCCCUUAUGGAUACACACACGCACACACACACUCGGACACACGGAGAGAAAGAUAUGUAACAACAACGUUUUUAUUAAUUAAUUAUUUCAAUUACACCUUCGAUCGCCACGGAUGUAAUAAUGUAACCGGGAGAAGACACACGAGUCAUCUCUCUCUCUCUCUCUCUCUCUCUCUCUCUAUCUUUCUCUCGCUGUGUACCCGCGUGAAGAACGUCCACUAGUCAUUCUCGUUAAGAGCAGCCGCUUUUCCCCUCUCGCUCACAAUUAUCGUCUGUAAAAAGUGCGUAACCUUCUCGCAAACCCUCGCAUCACGCUCGCCACCUACAUUAUAGAUGUAUUUUUCCCCCCGCUCUCUCUCUCUCUCUCUCUCACACACACCGCACUCACGUAUAUAUAUAAAUAUAUUAUAGACGUGAUACUCUUUUAUAAGGCAUUUUUUCACUCUCAGCCAUCUUUUUUACUAGUCGACAUGUAGCACACACGCCCACGCGCGCACGCGACGAUCCACGAAACACACAUGCCUGUCCGUGCGUUAAUUCCGGAUUACUCCAAGCGAAACAUUAUUCGUUUCGGCAUUCCCUCUCUCUUUCUCGAUCGAUAUCCACUCGUGCAGUGCUCUACACACACACACACACACACACGCACAGACACAUCCACUCUAAGGCAGACGCGUUUGUUUCGUCCCUCUGGUUUUUCCCGCUCUCAGCCAGUGCACAUUACAUAUGUACCACCGCUACUCGCUUCUCUCCACCGCCACAGCAGCAGCAGCAGCAGCAGCAGCUGAAUCUAUAACUUAUACCGCACGAAGGAUGAACACGACGAGCGAUUAGCGAAAACGAAAAAGGAAAAAAAUAUAACGAUAACGGAGCACGUCACACAGCGGCUGUACUAAGGAGGUAUAUAACGACAACGCGACGAAAGGAAUACAUGUGUACACACGAUACACGCAGACACACACACACACACACACACACAAACACACCUUAUAUUAUAUAUAUUAUUAUAUAAUUGGUAACGUGCACCGAGUCCGAGACUAUGCGCGACGAUCGGUGCGUGCCAAACGUUCGAUACCACGGUGUUUGCAUCGCUCGUAUGAAUCACUAAUAUAGAUGAUAUAUAUAUAUUAUUAAUAAAAAAAACAAAGUAUAUAUAUAUUAUAAAAGAAAUACAUCCAUGAUAUAUAUACACACAUCAUAAAAGAGACAAAUUUAACAAAACAUAUGAUGAUUAUGAAAGAUAAUAAAAGCAGAGAAAAAAUUUCAAAGAUAUGUUUCAAAGAAAAUAUUGACGAUGAUAGAUAUACAUAUAUGAAUAUAAUUUUGUUGAACGCAUCCAGCGAUAUUUUGUGAGGCGCGAGGGCUGAUGAUAUAUACAGACACAGACACGCAUAUAACACGUGUAUAUGCGCGCGCGAUGUACGCGCAGGUAUAUACGGGGAAGAAAAGGCGAGCAAGCUCGAUCGAGGUGCGUGAAAAGUUCCAAUGAAAAAUUCAUAAGAAAAUGCGUUUUUAAACCUAGAGUCAAGUAUUUUUCAUGGAUUAUUCUAUAUAUGGUUGUUUCCUUUUUAACUCAGAUAAUAUAUAACGAAAUUCGCGAGCAAAUUUAUUCUCUCUUCUCUACUCCAGAGCUUUUGAGUAUAUAUCUACGAUGUAAAUGUAUAAAUCAAAAAAGAAAACCUAUACGCGUGUAUACAAAACGACGAUGAAAAAACAAAAAACAAAACAAAAAAAUGAUAAUUAUAAAAACCGUUUGCAAUUCUCAGAUAUUUAAUAUGUAUUAACGAAACUGUCGCAAUAAUUUCUGCGCGUUUUCUUUUCUUCGUUCACGCGAUCAAACGUCGCGGGCUAGAGCCAAGGCUGCAAAAUUGUUUCUCUUCAUUAUCGUGCGUAUAGCUGACGGAAACGAAUAUUUGUGCGCGUCGAUCGUAGCGAGAACAGCGAGAAAGAUGAAAAGUCGGUGGAAAAAAGCGCGUUACUUUAUAAUUUCCAGCUAACUGGAUCCGACGUGUAGGUUCGCAUGAUGAAAUUCUACUUUGAUCGUUCGAAAAAUUGGCCGGCCGACGUGUAAUUUUUUCUGUGUAAUUAUACUAAUUAUUAAAGCCAAAAGAGUUAUAUAUCUAUGUAUACGUUUUGCUGAUAUACGUAAGGUAUACCUUAUAAUUAUAAAUUAAGCGAUAAUGUGUUGUUCACUGUUUUCGCAAAAAAGCAAAAAGUCACGAAAAAAAGAGUGCGCGCGUUGAAAAAAAACAUACAAUUAUUCAAAUAUAAAGUAUCAAAGAGAAGAUCACGAGCGACACCGAAUAAAUGAUGCAGAGUAUAAAAUCCGAGGGGGAGUACUUACGCGAUUUAUGUAUUGUGUAAUGAAUUCGAACUGAAAUUUUAUCGCUUGGAUAAAUAUAUUUGCACUAUGAAUAUAGAUAGCGAGAGAUUAAUGAAAUUAAUUCUAUAUACUAAAUAAUAAUAAUAAACACUAAUAAUACUAAUAAUAAUAAUACUAAUAAUAAUAAUAAUAAUGAUAAUAAUAAUAAUAAUAAUAAUAAUAACAGUAACAAUAAUCAUAAUAAUAAGAGAGCAUCAGUCCAUUUGUUCUUUGUCUAUUCAAUAUAAGCUACACACAAUAUACGUUCUUUUAUCGCGUUAUUAUAUACACUCAGAGGUAACAACAAGACUUGCAUAAACGAUAAUCCUUAUUGCGACUAAAGAGUUUUCCUUUCGCGACUGAUUUAAUAUUUCAUGUAACUUCAGUAUACACAUAUACCUGCAUUGAAUAUUAUUACGUCAUCUGAUUUACAUUACGAUAUCGCGCAAUUAUAUUUCAUAGGUAUGGAUAUAUAUAUAUAUAUAUAUAUAUAUAUAUAUAUAUAUAUAUAUAUAUAUGUGUGUGUGUGUAUAUAUGUAUGUGCAUACGAUAAUGAGAGAGAGAGAGAGAGAGAGAGAGAGGGAGAGAGAUAGGAGAUCGAAAAGAGUCAAGCUAUGCGUUACGUAAGUGCUAUAGGAGUAUAGUGGCAGAUUAUUAAACCGCAGUAUUACCGCAGUCAUCCACUCAGAAAUGCAACCGAUGUAAAUUAUCCAAAGCUUGAUCCAAACCAACCAACUAACCAAUAAACAAACAAACAAAAGAUAAACAAAGACUAAACGUGCUGAAAUGAUAUGAGAUAAAAAAGACUAAAAUAAUUAGAGGAAAACAAAGUAUAACAUAUAUAAAGUUAAUAACCGCGAGGGCAUGUAUACAUAAAAAUGCUGUCCAAGAACAAUUGGAUACUGAUCUGCAGACUGACUCGAAUCGAUAUUUAGAGCGAACUCGAAGCAUUAGAACGGGAGAACUACUCUAGCGACUGUAUACAAUAACAGACAAACAAAAAUAUAUAAAGUAUGGCGACGAUUCAAACAAAGUAGGCAAUAGUUAGGAGCAACUAAUAGCGAAAGUAAUAUUCAAGCAAAAACACAGUGUAUCGAUAUAUAAAUAUAAAUAUAUAUAAUUUAAGCUGUCGGCUGCGAGCAGAUUAUGUAGCGUUGUUAUAGUUAAAUAUGGCGAACGACGGAAAUUCGGUCCUCAAAAAGCGACGCGACAUUACACUCACACGUAGUUGACAGACGUUACACACAAUGACAUAAAAAUAUAGAGAUAGACACGCAGCGACAGAAUCGUAUAUAUCUUAGAUAGGAAAUCAGAAAAGCAAAGGGAAGGGAGACGGAUAAGUCGCGGUAAAACAAAAAGUAAUCACUUGAAGCAAAAUCGAGAUUAUAUAAGUACAUAGAUAAACUACGGUAAGGCAGACACGUGAGAAAAUGUAUAAGUAAACUUAUGUAAAAGUGCGCGGAUGACGUGCACGUAGAGCAGACUUGCAUGUAUGAAACGUAUAAUAAGUAUAUACAAAUUGUCAAGAGAGGGAGAGAGAGAAAGGGGAGAGUCGUGAAGGGGCAGAAUCAAAUUUUCAUGAGACAAAGAAAAAGAGAAUAUACCUAUACUAUUAUAAAGAAUGAAAAAAAUAUAUAAAAGAAGUAUUUUUACUAAUGUUAAGUACACGAUGAAUAAAACAAAACGAAUCUCCUCGAGCGACAUGAAACGUUUCGUUUCGCAUUUUUUUCGCGACUCAUCAAGUUCCAAUAUACGCAUCGACAAAAAAAAAAGUAUCAUAUAAUAAUAAUGAUAAAAAAAGUUCUGAUGUCUUCAUAUUCGACGCCUUCUAUCUGUGGGCUGGCAAAAUAAAUGGACAAAAUAUAUAACACAAAGGGAAACAAAGAAAAAUUAUUUCUCACCGGGUGUGAAAGGCAUUUGAAAUCCAUUUUUCCUGCAUACGUUUUACGAGAAGAAACUUUUCUUCGAGGAACUACGUCAGACCAUUGUGAACCUGUAUACACCUUGCAACACACACAGACGCGUCGGUUUUCCCUUUUGCUCUCAGUCAUACACACAACGUGUGCACUUUCAUACAUCGGCGUGAAAUUGCUUAUAUAGGCCCCUGACGCAGCCGAGAGAACGCGAGCAUUAAUUCAAUUUCAAACGCUAUUAUUAUAUACUACUAUAUGUGUGUGUGUGUGUGUGUGUAUAUAUAUACAUAUACUCGUACGACAACUGGAUUCUGAGUUACCUUCGCGCCGCACACUUGACGUUUUGACGUAGUUCCUUGAAGAAGUUGUUGAUACAAAAAAGAAAAUGACCUCUACAGUUGAAACUUUUCACGUUAUAACCGAAGUUCGAUGAAUCUAUAUUAAUAAACGAUUAUUCUCGAUUAAUUCGUUGAAAUUGUGUCGAAGCAUUAUAGAGAAAAUAAAGAGAUACCAAGGAAAUAAGAAGGAAACAAAGUUUAAUGGGAAAAAAAGGGAUAAAUAAGUGAUUCUCGAGGAAUGUGUAUUUUGAGACUUAUUGUACAGGUUUAAAUGCGAGAGUUGAGAGUAGAUAUGUGUGUAUAUAUAUAUAUAUAUAUAUAAAAAUAAUAAAAAAUAUAUUAUAUAAUAUACUUAUCGUUAAUAUCAAAAGAAUUAUGAUUAUUAUUAUCAUCAUUAUUAUUGUAUGAUUGCGGUUGAUUGCCAUUGCUAUUAAUAACCACUGUUUAUUAAAAUUACGAGAUUAUUAUUGUCGCGUUACGACUAAUCAAUAUUAUACGAUAUGUAAGGAUAUUUACGAUUAUUAUCAUUCACGUCAUUGGUAUUCGAUUACAAUUAUCAUGAUGAUUGCGUUUAUUAGUAUUAUUAUUGACAUAAUUAUUGCUAUUACUGAACGGCGAAUUUAUGAACUUCUACGUAAAUUUAAGUCAAUUAAUAUACAUAUAUUUGUCAAGCUUUCAUCUACCUCUUACAUUCAGCCGAAAGUGCAUUUGGCCUUGUAAGUGUUCUGUCCAUGAUUUCUUGUCGGCUGCACUCCGCAGGACACUGGUUAACUAAAUAUAUCGUUCUUCUUGUAUUCCUCGCCUAUACCUUUGGAUAACAACAGCCACAACAACAAAACAAGAUCCGUACUUUUCGUUUCUUUUCGUGUCCAAAGAGAAGAGACAGUAAAAUUAUAAACGCGAGCCUUGCAAAGCGAGCCACACAGCUGGAAAGUACAAGGAGGCUCCCCCACUUUGCAGCACAGGAGCUCGAAAUCGCGAAUCGGACACUAGAUUGUAUAUUCUCGCUCGUUCUACGAAAAAAUAAUCUUACCGCAUUGUAUGCACGUGUGUAUGUGUGUAUAUUCGGCUGGGGUUAAACGUUUUUAGAGCUCGUAAAUAUUUCCAGCUUUGUGGGUCGCGAGGCAGAGGCUUUAAUCGAUCUCUUCAUUUCCCCUCGUUAUAUAAUCCACAAUCGUAUUGCAUACUAUACAUAUACGUACGACGAGCGUAUGAUUGUGACGUUUGAUAGCGAGCAAUUCCCGAAAAGUGCAAACGCGAAGCGACAUUGUGUACUAUAAAUAAAAAUAUGAAGCAAAAUAAAGACAACAAAAAGUUUGAGGAAAUAAAGACGCAGGAGGUUACAGACUCAACGAGUUUACAGAGCGUGAAUGAAAGGAGGAGGACUAAUAUAUUAUUAUACGUUAUUUCAUUAUUAUCAUUGUGUUAUAUGUUCGUACCUUUUUUAUACAAUAUGGUGUAUUUGCUUUCUACUUCUUAUUCUAGCGUAUUGUGCGAUGCGAUUUUUCUAUAACACACAUGAUUCCAGGAUUUUUGGUAUACUCUUGUAUACUCGAUGUUAUUGUUAGCGUUAAAUCUGAUUUUCACUGUUGUUAACUUAUAUACGUCGAUAUACUUUAGGUUGUUCUCGUAUAGCGAAAUUCACUAGAGCUCCUCCCCUAUAUUUGUAAACGUAAGUUAUUAAGCGACAAUCGAGUCAGUUUAGUUUUUUCAUGAUAUAUUGUGUAGUCGAGAGAAAAAACAAACUUAAACGACUGAUGCUACACGACCCUCUCAUCAUUUGUACAUUUCUUAUUAUAUUUCCGUUGUAUUGUAUAAUAAUAUCGUCGUCUCGCUCGCGGGCAUUUUAUCAUUUGUUAUAAUUUAUCGAUCUUGUUAUUGUAAUCUAUACUGCAACUGAUAGUUAUUAUUGUUACGAGGAAACGAAAAUGAAGUAUAUUCCAAGCAUCACACAGCAAUGUACCCCUAUAAAUGAUGCUAUGAAGACAGACAGAGAGAGAGAGAGAGAGAGAGAGAGAGAGAGAGAGAGAAAUGGUGAUGAUAAAUGCAGAUUCGUAUGAAAUUAGGUAAUGAGCAAAAUAAACUAUGUCGUGCUAAUUAUCGUUCUUAUUUGAUUUACUGUCAAUGAAUAUAAAUAUAUAUAUAUCAAUCGAUCACAUACUUGCAACAAAGAGGGAGAGAGAGAAGAGAAAAGUUUUUGUGACGACUAUAGGUGUAUACACGGCCGCCGACGCAUUUCACGUCAUUGAUCCGCGCGCGUUACACCAAGACUAGUCUUUGAAAUUAAGUAUUUCAGCUAAAGUUUCGUCAGCUCAACUUUACGCACGCGUGACAUCUGUGACAUGUAAUUUCCAGCGAAAACACACACACACACACACACACACACAUACAUAUAGUAGUAUAUAUUCACGUUCUGGAAUGAGAGCAUUAUUUGAAUUACGGGGGAAAAUUAUUGCCACGAAUGCCUAAUCGCAACUAUACGCAGGCCUAAAGUUUUUCAAAAUUGUUUCUCUUGAUUAUCGUGCGUAUAGCUGACGGAAACGAAUAUUUGUGCGCGUCGAUCGUAGCGAGAACAGCGAGAAAGAUGAAAAGUCGGUGGAAAAAAGCGCGUUACUUUAUAAUUUCCAGCUAACUGGAUCCGACGUGUAGGUUCGCAUGAUGAAAUUCUAAUUUGAUCGUUCGAAAAAUUGGCCGGCCGACGUGUAAUUUUUUCUGUGUAAUUAUACUAAUUAUUAAAGCCAAAAGAGUUAUAUAUCUAUGUAUACGUUUUGCUGAUAUACGUAAGGUAUACCUUGUAUAAUUAUAAAUUAAGCGAUAAUGUGUUGUUCACUGUUUUCGCAAAAAAGCAAAAAGACACGAAAAAAAAAGAGUGGGCGGGGUGCGCGCGCGUUGUACAAAAAAAAAAA